AUGACUCCCUUAGAUAUUGCCAAGUUGGCCUCGUCACUACAGUCAACGAAAGUAAAAGAGCGAAAUGACGCGUUGGCGCAACUUGAAUCUGUUGCUGGCUCCAAGUACAGGUUUUCCCUGAAAGGGUUGCGAAGUUUGGCAGCAGCCAUUUUCAAGCUGAUUGAACUCGAAUCGCGAGCUUUCAAAAGCAGCCAGCUGAAUUCCAAGUUGUCAUCUUCGGUCGACUCUCGGCUCAACUUGGCCAGCUAUUCCUUGCGUUUGGUUGUGGAGAGGAGCAUCGAGGACCGUAUAAAUAUCAAGUACAAGGUUUUCAUGGAGAUUUGCGCCUUUAUCAAGCUCUUUUUCCAUGUCAACGGAGAGAUUCUUGCCCCGUGUGCUGUUGACUUUGCCAAGAUCUUGUCCAAAGUUCUUGCUGUCCGGUACUUUACUGAGCAUCUCAAUAGCAAAGAGUGGACGACUUUAUACGUGUUUGUCAUCUCCGUUAUUGAGCACGGCCUAGAUGAUGUGCACUUGGACGCGCACCUUAAAAGGUCCCACGAACGAAUAGGCACCGAGUUUUGGAAAGCAAUGGAAAACCUCUUGAUGUGCGAUAGCUCGACCUGUUGCAUCCAAAUGUAUCAGAAUCGACACUAUCUCAAAAUCGUGCCGCUAAUGAAGAAAACAGCAGCGGUUUUCCGCAAAGAAAGCCCCAUCUACGUGAGUCUAUUCAAGAUAAUCAACAAACUAGUGCCAGUGAUGGCAACGGAAAACUUUAAAUUCGUGCACAACUUGAUAAAGCUAGGUUUCAAACUCGCUGUCACUUCGCAGCUGACUAAAUGGGAAAGCUUGCAAGAUGUAAUCUUGACAUUUUUCAACUUAUCCACGACGCAUCGCUUCAUUACUUUAAACAACCUCCCGAAGCAAGUGGGAGGUGAAGAUGUGUUUUUGCAUAUGGUGCUUCCUGAUGAGUCCCUGGACUCUUCCCCUCUUUCGCCAGCAGGUAAGGAAGACGAGGAUCAAGAAGAUAUGAUUUCCCGUCUUGAGCAGUUGGUGUUGUCCAUGACUGAAUCAGGUGGUGCAAGUUUAUCGCCCGAGUCCGUGGGCGUAAACCCACCCAAUAACGACGACGUUGAUUGGUUCAAAACAACAAACAUCCACCUCCUUCCAAGGGUUGAUCCCAAGCCGUGGUUACAUGCUCUAGCGGUAACCAAGCUCCUUCAAUCUUACUUUAAGCUCAAAAAGAGCGCGUCUCACUCGCUGCUGCUGCUGCUGCGAUCGCUAAAGUACCUACGGCGGCCCCAUUUAGACGUAAUUCAAACGUGCCUCUUCAAAUCAUCGAGCGUUUUAGAGUUUUGCAAUGAAUUGUUGAAUACACGGGCCAUGGUUGAGAUUCAGAUUAUGGGUUUGAAAGUAUUGACCUUCUAUGUUGAACUUUUCCACUUUCCAAAAGAAGAAGACUGGAGACUAGAUACAAACGAUAUCCCGCAAGCUGAUGUGGCAGAUGAUUAUUUUACCAAUAGUAAAAACAAUAAUAACAACAGUAACAACAUCAACAAUAGCAAGGAUCUAAGUUUUGACUUUACGCUCAAUGACCAUCUGGGCACUGACUUCACGGUCCAGUCGUUGCUAUGUAGCAUCGUCAGCACUUUUGAUCUGGACGCGGCAAGAUUUUGGAGCCUAUUGCUGGCAAGAUCUGUGAUUAUGCAGUCUUUGCCCCUGGCUGCGAAAGAUUUCAUCAGGCUGUCCUUUUUGCGACUGCUGUUCAUGUUGGCCCUAAGUUUGCUCAACAAAGAAAACACCUACGUCAUUGCGUCAAACUUGAUUUUCAACAUAGUCGAGAGCAACGCGAUGAACCUCAACACUGUGUUGGACGAGUCUUCGCUCACUCAGUUGGAUGCGAUUAUAGAUUUACCCGAAAUCAACGGCCCCCAUAGCAUCCACGACGAGAGUUUCAAGUUUUGGUACGCCUUGCAUAAAAUGACGUCUCAACUAAACUUAUUGAAGCGUGCACUCUUGCCUCGCAAGGUAGAAGAUUGGCUCACGUCCAAAUGGAACAGCACUUUUUGUUCGACAAGCAAGCAACUUUCCCAGUGCAUGACGAUUCCCCUGUUUUUACUCUGGUUGGAGGGAAGCGACAUUGAGCUCGUUGAGACAAGUGAUGCAUGGACAGAUUUCUGUGCGGGUGAUUUUUCAAACAACAUUUCGAUCCUUCAAAAAAGAGAACAGGACAAUCUAGAAAGAUUCUUGACAUUGGAGGCCCCCGUUGAAAAGAGGUGCCCCAGAGUAUUUAAAUUUGGCGGGAGCUUAGGUUCCCGACACGAGAGAUGUUGGAUCAAGGUUAUUGACACAUUUAAAGAAUUCAACUGUGAACGAUCCAGCGAGGAGAAUCGUCUAAGAUGGCUCUUUAUCAUCAUGAGCGUCCAUGACAUGUUGACAACAAAGGCCCACGCCCACGAUCACAACCACAACCGACAGGAUUUUUCAUCGGUGGUUGAAGCAUUAAACGCGCAAAUCACUAGCGGUUACGAUGUUGAACCCGAGACUGACGUUUUCGCGACAAACACUCACGAUAUCAUCCAGGUAUGGCUCCGCGAUUCGCCUCGAAAUAAAUCUCAACGCAACACGUCCUCAGUGAAGGUUUUGUAUGAGCGCAUGAACCAGAUGUUGGAUGCUGAAUAUGUCUCCGGUGUGGAUUUCAAGCGGAAACGAAGAUUGCAGCAGCACGAGAAUGAGGAGGACCAGUAUCAGGAUCAGGAUCAGGAGCACUACAUUGACCCUGAAUUCUCCAAUGUGCGAGUCUCCAACUCAACUCCGUCCGAGGUUUCUAUAAACUGUGACCUUUCGUAUUUGGGUGUAAAAUACAACGAACCAGCUAUUGUUCAAACUUUUAGAUUCAAACUUUUAGCAUCCCGGAUUGAAGACAAUGUUGGGUGGACUGGAGUCUUGUCAAACAUUGUGCGUUUUAUGGAAAAGUUGAGAGAUGAACACCUUUUGCCAGCACUAUUGUUCACUGUGGAAGAAAUUUUACCCGAUGCAGUUGAAUCUCCAGAGCUGGCCGACUUGGUGAAUGCAUUGGUGAAACUCAUCGGUAGCCGCUUGUUGUCCGAGCAAAAAUUUGAAAAGAAUGAAUUGGUGUUGGUUGCUGUUAGCAAGCUUCUAACAACUGUGUAUCCCGUGCUAUCGAGUUUUGACAAUGCUGAACUAACCCAGAAUUGCAAUGACGUACUCUCCUGGAUCCAUAGAUUGGGAAGUGAAGGUUUCAUCACCAUGAUUGAUUCAAGUUUGGCUUACGUGAACUUGCUAUUACGUCUCGCGCUAGUAAAGGAUGCAGACCACUUCUGUGUGCAAACCGGUGUCGAGGAAAUUGGCCGUCAAUUCAGUGCAGCAACAAACAGCAUGAAGGUUGGAUUGGUUAAUGGAUUCUCGAGCCUAAUACACGGUCUACUGGUGCUGCUGUCGCUGCUGCUGGCACUGCUGCUCUCUCAGCAAGAGAAAAUUUACGCGACUGUAUUCAACGCAUUUGGUGACCCACAGUCGUCGGUGGAAUUGGGAGGCUCUUACAUGAUGUUUUUCUCGAAACUAGCGCAAUCGCUGCUGGAGAUUUUCCGGUUAGCCUUUUUCAACUUGCUCGAAUGUUUCAAAUUCCCGUUUCUCGUCCCCUAUUUGAGAAUGGCAUUGCAACAGAUGAUCAAAGGCUCGCAAUUUAGGGAUGCACAAGAUGUCUUUUGCAAGUACAAGAUGGAAUUGUUCAGGAGCUGGUGGCUAUACGGCUCCUUUCCAGCUUUCCCUUUCCAGGUUUUCGGUUAUGAAACUUUGGAGGACUUUAUGACUCAAAAUUACCGGGAUCUCACUGCAUGCGUGCUUGCCACAAAGUGCCCUCAAAAUGAGGAGUCGCGACUCGGUGGAGACGAAACCUUUUUAAGCAAACUAGCCGGUUUGAUGAAAGUGGAAGUGAAUGUUCUCGUGGCUGAUAGCAUCCCGCUUGCUAUCGCCCAAUCAUACACUAGAGAUGGAGCUAAAAAUCAAGUGUUUGAAAUAUUGGCUGCUCAAGUCAGCAACUUGAGAAAAGAAGUUCAAACUCAAUUACCCUUGAUCGUGUUGGAGAUCAUCAAAUUGAUGGGCUUCCUGCGUGAAGCUCACAUUGAUGUGCAGUUCCCCAAGAACAAAUUGGUUCAAAGCUUGAUUGAUCCAGAUUCCAGAGACAUUACUAGCUCAUCCAACUUGGUCGUAUCUUUAAAAUCGGGAAAAGAUCUAAUUGAACAACUAACGACUAAAUAUUGCCCAGCGCCAACUCCCUUUUGGUCUGCAAAAAUGGUGUAUUUUUUGCUUCGCCGAGUGUCAAUGAUGCUCGGUUCUGAAUGUAUUAGCUCAGAGCAGCGCCUUCUUGUUCUUCGGAGAAUUAAGUGGAUAAUAUUGGUGGCGGGAGACGAGGCAUUACUACUCCCACAGACGGUGAAAAUGCUUGCCUUGAGCAUUUCACCCCUUUUGACUGAUGAUGUAAUGACCAGCGAUGUACUACGCAUUUUUGCCCUGUUUGGUAGAGUUUAUUCGACUUGUUGGGCCUCGCCGGAGACCUUGAACACGGUGAUUGAAGUGACUAAUGGCUUGAUGUCUAUUUUCAAACCCGGGUUUUGUCCUCUCCGGUCCACAAUAGUGGGCCAGAUAGAGGAGUAUUUGCAUAAUUGCCAAUCCUCAGGUAUAAAAGCAAACCCAGCGAUUCGGAUCAUUGAAGGCGCGAUCAAGGUGCUCAACCAGCAGCAGCAGUUGACACUGAAAGUUUCCAUUGAAAGCGUUAUGGCGUGUCUUGGCCGCAAUCCAUCAAAGUCACUCUUGCUACUUGUGUCCAAUAUAUUCGACCAUGUCGACUCAAAGCAAGAUCCCUCCAGCAAUUACGGUCCCUCUCCAGAACUCGAACUCGAAUUCGAACUCGAUCUUAGUCUCGACCAAGCCGUCACAGAGUACUUGGUAUCACUUCCAAACUCGCGUUUGAAUAUCUUGUCUGAAUCUUUCAGGCUUUGGAUUUCGACAUAUUUGGCAAACUUUUAUUUCAGCUGCCAAAACGCCGAACAGUUGGAUGUGGUAAAGAACCGGGAGUUUGAAGGCCUAUGCAACUACGAUGACCCCCCAGAAGUUUCUCACUAUAGCGAUGCAAUCUUGAAAUUGAUGGAAUAUGCAGAGAGCGACAGUUGCAAUUGCGAAAACGCAGCCACAGCUGAAUCGAUCAUUGCAGUUCUCCUAGAUUGUUAUUAUGCGAGGCCGCAAGACAUACUGCCAUUUGUCAACGGGCAAUUGUUGGAUGACCACUUUGCGUUUUUCAUCUUGCCCAUGAAUCUCCGCGUUUGUGCGCUACUUAUCGACGAGCCCAAAAUCAAGUACCCACACAUUACUCUCUCUGAGUUUGCAAAGGACUUUGAAGAGCUGCUCUUCACUACGUACCGGGACAACAAAUGGUGUGUCCUGUUUUACUUGGCAAUCUUGAGUGAAAUUUCUGCCUACACUGAAAUUGGUAUGAUAAUGGGCGCAUUCGUGAUUAAAGUCCCCAAAUUUGCCGAGGAAACCCUUGAUUCGCUUAUAUGCUGGUAUCUAAAGCUUGCCGACAAAAAAGGAGAGGCCGACAUCAUCAAAAUCUUGAAUGCAUUUCCUCGUGUGAAAAAUGCCCCAAUUUCAGCAACUAGGAUUUUCCUCAAGGUAAUACUCAGCAUCCGGCUGCUCGGGAAAAAAAGCACAGAGAAAGGAUGCCAUCUACGAGUGUUUAAUCAAUUAAAUGUAGGUCAAUAUUAUCAAUUGGCCUCAAAAUGCAAGGUUUUCAAGUCUGCCAUCAUGUUGUUUGAAGACGUCUUUUUCAAUGCAGAGGAUGCCCAGUAUGCUUUGGAAAGCCGCUAUGACGACUUGCAACGAAUAUAUGAAAAUUUAGACUCGCAAGACUUGGUUUACGGCUUGCCUGUUCGGACAACUUUGGAUCAUGCACUCAGCACGAUCAACAGAGUGGGCAUGCCGCAGACUAAAUCACGCUUCAAUAGUGGUUGCGUGGAUGUGAGCUUGAAAUUGAACGAAGCUCCCGACCAGUCUUGCAUUCAAUCAAUGGCCGCGUCUGGAAUGUUGGGCAUUUCUCAACUCAUGAGCAAAAGCCUAGAUAGUUCAAUGGGCACAGACGAAAGCUAUGAAUGGAGUUGGAAGUUGUCGAAAUGGGACAUGCCAGCUCCAGCACAUCCAACGGGAACCAACGAGACUGUUUAUGCGGUGUUGAAACGCAUCCGUGACAACCCUUUUAAAAGCAACGAAAUAUGCAAAGAUUCGUUGUUGAGUAUCAUGAGCAGGCAAAGGGGUGAGGAAAAGAUUGUGAGCCCAAAGGACUUGAAGCUAGUGACAAGAGACUGGAUCAAGUCUCUAGCGGUUGUUCACUAUUUUUCAAAUGCUAAAGUUGGCUAUGACGCUGUGCAAACAGCAAUGAAGGGCGAAAUGGGAUUUGAAAUGGUGGAAGAUGCGGUUCUUGCACGGCAAACUUAUUUCCAAUUGAUGGCAGAAAUCGAUCCAGCGCAGAGCAGUCUGAGAAAAAAAACUGGUGUCUGGUGGAAAGAGUCGCUCAUCGAAGUAGUCAAGUACAACAACUUGGCUCGAGUGGCCAACGAGGAGCAGAAAAUGAUCUCAUCGGCGUUGCUUAUUGAUGGCUUGAUCAAAAAAUUGCAGAAAUUUGACACCUCUGCUCACCGCAACAUGAUGAAUCUUGCGAUUUUCCAGCAAGCGCAAACAUUGUGGUCUCAGGGAAACGCCAAUGUUGCCGUGUUAAUGUUGAAAGAAUUGUACAAUUCGGGUGGAGUUGAUGCUCCAGACCCAAUCUUGAAGGUGGACAAGUUGCUCAUUUUGGCGAUGAGGACGCAAUGGAUGUCCGAGUCUCGACAAGAGUUGGCUUCCUCAUUGAUGGCAAAAAGCGUUUUACCAACGGCCGAAAAUGCCAAGAAGCUAACCGAUCCUAGGCAGCAAGUCAGGAUAUUCCACAUUUUUGCCAAGUUUUGCGAGUCUCAGUCCAAAUCAAAGCAGUUUUUGGAGAGCAUCAACGUGAAGAAGAAACGGGUCCAUGAGCUUUGGAAAGAUUUCAACGACACGAAGCGCCAUCCGCCGGCUACAGUAGAAGAGAUAAGAAGUUUUAAUCGAUACCUCAGCAAGAUGAAAGCAGUCUUUGAAAAGGAAAAACAGGAACUAUAUCAAGCAGAGAAUGAUGUUAGGCAAUACUCGAUGAAGGCAGUCGAGUUUUACUUGGAAAGCUUAUCGAUGGGGAGCGAUUCCGAAAAGGAUUUGGACAAGUUCGUAGCACUCUGGUUGGAGUUGUUCAAUGUGAAGGACUUGCACAAUUUUAUCUCCGCCAAGCUUCUUGCUUUACCGACGGCAAUGUUGUUGAGCUGGUGCGCGCAGUUGGUUUCACGUCUUGUUGACGAGCAGCUGCCAUUCCAAGCAAUCUUGAAGAGCAUCAUUUCCAACAUGUGCUUUGAUCAUCCUUAUCAUUCCUUGCACAUGCUCAUCUCGCUCAAGAUGCAAGAAGAGCUAGCAACCAAGGACUCCAACGCCAUGCUCCACUCGAGAGUCAGAGCAGCAAAUUCCGUUUGGGACUGCUUGCUAGCAAGGCAGCAGGAGCCGCGUUACGUCAAGGAUGUGUUGUUGCCUGUACACCGUUUUGCACAGGAAUCGGUGACAUUUUCGAAAUGGAAACAGAAGAGUAGUGGAGGAGGCUCAUUUCAAUUGGCAAGACUGAAGUAUGCUCAUUAUUGGCUCGAAAACUUGGACGUGGUGCCACCGCCAACGAUGACAAUUAAGGUUGAACAAAGUCUCGAUUAUAGUAAAGUGCCCUUUUUGAGCAGCAUGGACAAGACUGUUCGAAUUGCUGCAUCUGGUCUUAGCCAUCCCAAAAUAGCCAAGUUCACUUUAACCAACGGUUUCCAGCAUGUCAUGAUAUUUAAAGGAGGAACCGAUGACUUGCGCCAAGACUUUAUCAUGCAACAAGUUUUCCAAAAAGUGCAAAAUCUCUUCCAAAGAGAUGUAAGUGGUAGGAAUACCACUAGUGGUAAUAUGAAUCUUACAAUAAGGACAUAUAAUGUUGUGCCACUUGGACCUUCGUGUGGGUUGAUUGAAUUUGUGCCCAACUCGGGUGCAUUCAUCGAAUGCAUUCAGCCGUACCAUGACAAGUAUGACAAAAUGCGCGUUGCUGAUGCUAGAAAAGCCAUGGAUAACGCUAGGGCGAGUGGUCGAGGUGCUCGCUUGUUGGCGUACGAGAAAAUCGAGGCAAAUAUCAAGCCCGUCUUACGGUUUUUUUUCCAGGAUUCGUUUCGAACACCGGAGACGUGGUUUGAUAGCAGGAUCAAAUAUUCCCGUGGUCUUGCAACAUCAUCGAUUGUGGGGCACAUUCUUGGCUUAGGCGACAGGCACUGCAACAACAUCUUGUUGGAUAAGCGGAGCGGCGAGCCGAUCCAUAUAGAUUUCGGGGUUGCGUUUGACCAAGGCAAGAACCUUGCUAUACCGGAAACCGUGCCCUUUAGAUUGACUCGAGACUUAGUCGACGGUUUGGGCAUAACGGGCGUCGAGGGUGUUUUCAAGAGAUCCUGCGAGCAUACAAUGAGGGUUUUACGGGAGAACAAGGAGCACAUCAUGUCGUUCUUGGAUGUUCUUCGAUGGGAUCCCUUUUAUUCCUGGACUUUGUCCCCGCUCAGAAAGAAACGAUUGCAAGAUGAAGAAGGUGGUCUUGGUUUACAGCCGGAGAAGGACGGCUCGGAAGCUGAAAGGGCACUCCUGACAGUUUCCGAAAAGUUGGACGCCAGCGGGUUGAAUGUGGAGGCUGCUGUUCGCGAACUAAUACAAGAGGCCACCAGUACAGAAAACUUGGCGGUGAUUUUCAAGGGCUGGUCCCCCUUCUUUUGA